AUGGCGAAACUAAAACGAAAGGCUCGUUUUUAUGAAGACGAAUUGAAUGUUCUAGUGAACAAUGUUGAGCAACGAUACCAGAUGCUGUUUUCGAAAUUUUCUGAUGUCGUCACGAAUACUGCUAAGGCAAAAGCAUGGGAAGACAUCACUGCCAAGGUGAAUGCAUGUGCCCCAUGCCAAAGGACGUCGACCGAAGUCCGAAAAAAGUGGGACGAUAUUAAAUCCCGAACGAAACAGAAAGCAACCGAACUAAAGUCCGAUGUUACUGGAACCGGUGGAGGCAAGAAAACUCGGCCAGACCUGAAUCCUUUUGAAAGGAGGAUAAUGGGCUUGCUCGGUGAAAGUAGAGUCUUCGGCAUUAAAGGCGGUGUUGACACUGAACAACUCAGUGACGAGUCUGAUCAUCUUUCUGACCAUGAUGGAGCGGAUGACCAAGAAUAUAUUCUACCUGAUGGAGCGGAUGACGAACAAUAUCUUUUACUACCGGAUCUUCCGUUGCGAGAUAUUGUCGAGGCAGCAUUUUGGCCCCCGAACGAAAGUGACAGCGACGAUCAUGAGAAGACGUUUCAGUCACUCUCGGAUCAAAAGCAAAAACCGCUCGAUCCGCUCACUGCCCACCCUUCAAUCAUUGAUACCGAGCGAGAACGUCAAGAUAAACCAUCAUCUGCAGGAUCGCGGCCCUCCUCUUCAGUCGGAUCAAAAGCCAAAAGUGUUCCACCCACUGCCAAUCCUUCAAUCCUCGAUAUCGAGCGAGAACGUCUAGAUGUCGAAAAAGAGCGCCUCGAGAUCGAAAAGAAACGGCUUGUUGUUGAAGGGAGAAAAGCUGGCGUCCUUGAGAAAAUACUUCAAGUCCAGGAACAACGACUGAAAAUUAAAUGA